AUGAGAGACGCUCUUGUAAGGACUGAGGCUUGCUGGAUUCCCAGACAAGACGAUGAAGAGAUACAGGUUGAACUCAACAGUGCCCAACUGCGACUACCACAUCGGGAGAAGUUGACCUGCGCAACCUCACCCCAACGUCCUUCUGACUCGGACCUAGAUCCCUUACUAGACAUCUGUCGCAAAAUUGCCGAGAACCAACUCGGCAAACCUCUUAAGCUUCCCGGCGAUAAUGCAGCCAUUGAGCUCCUGCGCAUACGGGAAAUGAGUCGAGCAAGAUCACACAAUCCUAUCGGCAUCAAAGAUAUAGUUAGAAGCUAUCGUCACAGGCCGCUCAAUUUGCAGAGACACCAGAUACGGCUAGUUAGACUCUUGCCAUCGUGGUGUCCUGACGACCAGAUUGCUUGUGAGAUCGAGGAGUUUGAUCUGAGCGAUGCCCCAACCUAUAUCACUCUUUCGUACACCUGGGGUCACCCAACACCUUCGAAGAAUAUCUUCAUCAACGGAAGAUACCUGAAGAUCAGGGACAACCUGCACGGCUUUCUAAGCUGUUAUCGCAACGACUCACGAAACGUGCACUACAUGUGGAUCGAUCAAAUCUGCAUCUCUCAGGCUCAUCAUGGCGAAAGAAGUCACCAAGUCCAGUUGAUGUCCCGGAUUUAUACAAGCUGUCUUAGUGUCAUCAUCUGGCUCGGCACUGACUGCGAAGGCGCAGCCGGCGUCUUGGGCGGGAUCGAAGACACCUCGAACCACAGAAGCCUACCAAAGCUCCAUAAUGCCCACCCCAUGAUCAUAGCCGCCAAGACUGUAUUCGAAAAUGCCUAUUGGCGUAGGCUAUGGAUCGUGCAAGAGCUGUUGCUGCCACGAAGAGUUCGUGUGCUCUGUGGAUCUACCUGGUUGGCCUUUUCCAAACUUGUCAUCGCAACAAAUCGAUUUGGAUCUCGAGUGACUUCAUCAAAGUCUCAUCACAGCAUAUUUUCCAAAUUCAACCUCUGUGCCAGGCAGCCUAACCUCUUCAAUGGCUCAGUCAGGGGCUACAGUAUGUCCUUGGGCGACUGUCUGCGAUGCUUUGCACGACAGGAAUGCUUUGACCCGCGCGACAAAGUAUACGGCCUCUUGAGCCUUGUGUGCAAGGAGGAUCAGAUACCAGUCGACUACAGCAAGAGCGUGUACGAAGUCUAUAUGGACGUAGUGAAAGUCCUUGAAAAGUCCGACUCGUCCGCGUUAUUCUAUGCGCAACGCGAACUGAAGCAUUUAUUAGAUCUAUAG